AUGUCAUCCGCUGACAAAAAGACCCAAAGGUCAGCUCCUUCUUGGCGAGAUGCUGCCGCAGGAGCUGGUGCUGGAGCCUUUUCCAAGACUGUAACAGCUCCCAUAGAACGCCUUAAGCUGUUAUUGCAGCUCCAACAUUCCCUGAAGAACAAUGAGAAGCCCAAAAAUGCCUGGCACUUGGCCAAAUCCAUCUAUGUCAAUGAAGGGAUUCUCAGUUUUUGGAGGGGCAACGUGCCCAGUGUCAUGAGAGUGUCUGGAACUGCUGCCAUCAAUUUUUCCUGCAUGAACUAUUACAAGGAAGCUGUUCAACCCAUAAUGAACUCUCAGUUAAUUACCAGCAAAACAUCGCUCAGUCCAGACAAAUUGGAACGACGACGCAAAAAUGUCACCUCCUUGGUGUCAGGGGGGCUGGCCGGUGGAACCUCCACAACCAUUUUGUAUCCCAUUGAGUUUUUGAGAACUCGAUUGGCAGCCGAUCUGACCAAGGGAAAGCAGAAAGGGCAGUAUCAAUUCCAAGGCAUGGGCCAUGCUCUUACCACCAUUCUACGCACUGAUGGGAUUACAGGAUUAUACCAAGGAUAUGGCAUUGCUCUCUUUGGCGGAAUUUUCUACAGGAUCCUGCUGCUGGGAGGUUACGAUGUCUUGAAAUCUGAAACAGAUCGACACAACAAACAACAGCAAUCACCAGAAUUACAUGACAAUCAAUCAUCUCUCACCUGGGGACAACGAAUAUUGAUUGCCCAAACUGUUAGUCUGACAGCAGGUACAAUCAGUUAUCCCUUGGAUUCAGUAAGGAGAAGACUCAUGAUGCAAGCUGGAAAACCUCAUUCUGAGCGAUUGUAUCACAACUCAAUUCAUUGCAUCUAUGUGGUUACUAAGACUGAAGGCAUUCGAGGAUUCUUUUUGGGACUGGGACCCAAUAUUCUGAGAUCGGUCAGUGGGGCACUCUUGCUCGUGGCCUAUGAUGUCUUUCGAGCAGCCAUCAGAUAA